AUGAUUUUUCCACGCAGAGGCACUCACAGCUCAACCCGUCCCCCUUUCCCCCGAGUGGGCAGGCAGCAGGAGGGGGAGGUGCGGCAGCUGCAGCGGGAGGUGCAGGAGGCGCGCGCAGCCAGGGACGCCACGGCGGACGAGCUGCUGAGAGUAUCACAGCGCCUCCUCGCGCUCGAAAAGGUGGGGUUGGGGCUUGGAGUGGCGACGCGAGUGUGGCUGUCCACUCUCCACCAGCACCGCGCUCACAGCAUGCCCCUUGUGUCGACUCUUCCCCACCAGGAGCGAGUGGCAGUACUGGCACUGGAAGCAGAGCUACAGCAAUUGAGGGCACGGCACGAGGUGGCGCUGGUGAUGGUGGGCGAGCGCAACGAGCGUGUGGACGAGCUCGAAGCUGACCUGGCGGACGUCAGGGCGCUCUACAAGGAGCAGGUCGCCCUGCUGGCUGCGCAGGGCUGCAUGGCUGCUGCUGGCACGCACCGCUGUUGCAGUGACCUGCACCGCUGUUGCAGUGACCUGCACCGCUGUUGCAGUGACCUGCACCGCUGUUGCAGUGACCUGCACCGCUGUUGCAGUGACCUGCACCGCUGUUGCAGUGACCUGCACCGCUGUUGCAGUGACCUGCACCGCUGUUGCAGUGACCUGCACCGCUGUUGCAGUGACCUGCACCGCUGUUGCAGUGACCUGCACCGCUGUUGCAGUGACCUGCACCGCUGUUGCAGUGACCUGCACCGCUGUUGCAGUGACCUGCAUCUGCUGGGAGCAUCACAAGCUCCAUGCGCGCAACAAACCUACCAACCAUCCCUAGUCUCAAAAUCUCCCCUCGUGCUCUGCGCUCUGUGCUCCAUUCCGCCCCCAUCCCACUCUACCCACCCAACCUUCUACCCGCCCUCACUCUGA